AAGGAGCAACAUUAAAACCAGAGAAACUUUCAGCUGAAACUUUGUCUUUUCUCUGACCACAGCUCGGACUGUACCAACCAGACACACCAAAGAGAGAACAGCUGCAAAGAUGGGAAGGCGGAGAUUCUCAGGGUUGGAGAUCACCCUGAUGGUGAUGUUUGUCCUGAUCGGGGUUGUUUCUAUUGCGCUGAUUGUCCUGCUGGCCACUGGUGAACCUGCGACCGUCAAAGAGGAUAAUUUUGAGCCAGAAUGUCCGAACAUCGCGACGGCAGAGAGAGUGGACUGUCACCCGGAACCUGGAGCCUCCCAGCUUCGAUGCCAGCAAAGAGGCUGCUGCUGGAAUCCGCUGGACCAGACCAACGUCCCCUGGUGCUACUUCCCCAGGAACCAUGGCUACACCGUGAUCAGCGAGAAACGCCUCGACAGCAGAAAUGUGCAGGUCUCCUUGAAAAGAAUGGACUCACCCUCUCUGUAUGGAGCAGACAUUGUGGAUCUGUCCUUCACUGCUGAGAUGCAGACAGAAAAUCGCCUUCGAUUCAAGAUCACCAAUUUAAAGAACGACAGGUUUGAAGUCCCCCACGAACACAUCAAAUCUCUGACCAGCUCCCCUAACGGACCCCUGAACUACGAACUAGAAGUCGUCCAUAAUCCAUUUGGAGUCAGAGUCCGCAGAGCGUCCAACAAAAAAAUCCUCUUUGACACCACCGUGGGUCCACUGGUAUUUGAUGAUCAGUAUCUGCAGCUCUCGGCCAAGCUGGGCUCAGACAACAUCUACGGCCUGGGCGAACACGUCCACCAGAACUUCCGCCACGACCUCAACUGGAGGACCUGGCCCAUCUUUAGCAGAGAUUCUUUUCCCAAUGGAGGCACCCACAACCUGUACGGCCACUAUCCCUACUUCACAUGCUUGGAGGACAGCGAGGGCAAAUCCUUCGGCGUGUUCCUGAUGAACAGCAACGCUAUGGAAGUGACUCUUCAGCCGGCCCCUGCUAUAACCUACAGGACGAUUGGAGGAGUGCUGGACUUCUACAUUAUGCUCGCAGACACACCAGAGGCCAUAACACAGGAGUUCACAGAGCUUGUUGGCAGGCCAACCAUCCCCCCAUACUGGGCCCUGGGCUUUCAGCUCUCUCGCUGGGACUAUGGCAGCCUGGACGAAGUGAAGAGAACAGUGGAGAGGAAUCGCGCCAUUGGCAUCCCUUACGACACCCAGUACACCGAUAUCGACUACAUGGAGAACCAGAAGGACUUCACGUAUGACUUGGUGAAUUUCAAGGACCUGCCUCAGUUCGCUGACUACAUGCAUGCAGCCGGGCAGAAGUAUAUUCUGAUAUUGGAUCCCGCCAUCGCCACCACCCAGAGAAUUAACGGCACAUACGAGUCCUACGACCGCGGAACCCAGUUUGACGCCUGGGUCAUGGAGGCCGGCAGCAACAAGCCGCUUGUGGGAGAGGUCUGGCCUGGAGAAACAGUGUUUCCUGACUACACCAAGGAGUCCUGUAUUAACUGGUGGGUUGAAGAAAUUGAGCGGUUCUACAAAGAGGUGAAGCACGAUGCGAUCUGGAUUGACAUGAACGAGGUGUCCAGCUUUGUGCAAGGCUCCAAGGAAGGAUGCGCUAACAACAAGCUCAACUAUCCCCCCUUCACCCCGAGGAUCCUGGACGAUCUGAUGUACAGUAAGACCUUAUGUAUGGACGCUAGGCAGGGCUGGGGGAACCACUACGAUGUGCACAGUCUGUACGGAUACUCCAUGGUCCUAGCGACAGAUGUGGCGGUGAAGAAAGUGUUUGGCGAGAACCGUUCCUUCAUCCUCACCCGCUCUUCCUUCCCCGGGGUGGGCAAGUACUCCGGCCAUUGGCUGGGAGACAAUGCUGCCAACUGGAAUGACAUCAAGUGGGCCAUCCCUGGGAUGCUGGAGUUCAGCCUCUUCGGGGUGCCUUAUAUCGGAGCCGACAUCUGCGGCUUCUUCGACGACUCGUCCGAGGAGCUCUGCAGGCGAUGGAUGCAAGUUGGCGCCUUCUACCCCUUCAGUCGCAACCACAACGCUCAAGGAUACAAACCUCAGGAUCCUGCAGCUUAUGGUGCUGACUCUCUGCUGGUGCAGACCUCCAUACACUACAUGAACAUCCGCUACACACUGCUGCCCUACCUCUACACACUCUUCUACAAGUCCCACACCAGCGGAGACACCGUGGUGCGACCCGUCAUGAACGAGUUUUUUUCAGACUCUGCUACCUGGACUGUGGAUCGUCAGUUCCUGUGGGGACCCCAUCUGCUCAUCACACCUGUGCUGGAUGCUGGUGUGGACAGAGUGAGGGCCUACAUCCCCGACGCCGUGUGGUACAACUACGAAACGGAGGAGAAGAUCUCUGAGAGGAAACAGCAUGUGGACAUGUAUCUCCCCGCCGACAAACUGGGCCUUCACAUCCGAGGAGGAGGAAUCCUGCCCACCCAGAGACCUGCAAUCACUACCACACACAGUCGCCGUGCUCCCAUGGGUCUGAUCAUUGCGCUCGAUGACAACAACCAAGCGUCAGGCGAGCUAUUCUGGGACGACGGAGAUUCUCGAGAUACGGUCUCCUCUGGAUCCUACAUCCACUAUCAGUUCUCCGUGCUUUAUAGCGUGCUGAACAUGCAGGUUCUACACAACGGCUACACUGACCCGAACAACCUGGUGUUUGAGAAUAUCACAGUGCUGGGGGUGAGCAGCCCCCCGGCCACAGUGACCAUCACUGAGGGUCAGACGGCUGUGACGGUUCCAGCCACCGGAAUGGAGUACAACUCUGUGAAGAAGGUUCUGUAUCUGCGAGGUCUGAGUCUGGAGCUGGGGAAGAGCUACACGGUGAAAUGGGACGGGGUCGUCUCUGACUUUGAGCGUGUCGACUGCUACCCUGAGGAAGGCAGCAAUGAGGAGAAAUGCACAGCAAGAGGCUGCAUCUGGCAGACCUCUAAUCUCCAGAAUGUGCCUUGGUGCUAUUUCCCAGCAGACUACGGCUACACAGCUGACACCCCAGAAAUUACCCCCAGUGGCAUUAGUUUUAAUAUCGCACGCAAUACCAAAUACCCAGUUCCCCGCUCUGCAUCCAGAACCAUCGACACACUGCGGGUGGAGAUCAACUACCUCAGCUCACACUCCCUACGCUUCAAGAUCUUUGACCCAGCCAACGAACGAUACGAGGUUCCCGUGCCCAUCUCAUUACCCCCCACUCCAGACACUGACGAGGCCAGGAGGAUGUACGAGGUUCAGGUCACUCAAAACCCGUUUGGUAUCAAGGUGAUCAGGAAGAACACAGGGACUGUUGUAUGGGACUCAUCACUUCCAGGCUUCACCUUCUCAGACAUGUUCAUUCAGAUCUCCACCCGCCUGCCGUCUCAGUACAUCUACGGCUUCGGAGAGACAGAGCACGAAAGCUUCAGACACGACCUCAACUGGCACACAUGGGGAAUGUUCAGCAAAGACCAGCCUCCUGGGUAUAAAAUGAACUGUUAUGGUGUCCAUCCAUUCUACAUGGGUCUGGAGCCAACCGCCGAUGCCCACGGAGUGCUCCUACUCAACAGCAAUGCCAUGGAUGUGACUCUGCAGCCGACCCCUGCCCUCACCUACCGCACCCUUGGUGGCAUCCUGGACUUCUACGUGGUGAUGGGACCCACUCCGGAACUGGUGGUGCAAGAGUACACUGCGAUGAUUGGCCGACCAGUUCUCCCAGCUUACUGGUCACUGGGAUUCCAGCUCUGUCGCUAUGGCUAUGCUAACGACACAGAGAUUGCAGAUCUGUACCGAGACAUGAAAGCUUACGAAAUCCCUUACGACGUGCAGUACGCAGAUAUCGACUACAUGGAGCGUCAGCUGGACUUUACUCUUGAUCUCAAAAACUUCCAAGGCCUGCCCAAACUGGUGGACGACAUGAGGGCUGAGGGCAUGCGCUUCAUCUUCAUCCUGGACCCUGCAAUCUCAGGCAACGAGACUGAAGAGUACCUUGCUUUUGAUCGUGGUCUCGAAAAAAAUGUCUUCAUCGAGUGGCCAGCUGAUCUGGGUGGUGGUAUAGUCUGGGGGAAGGUGUGGCCAGACAUUCCUAAUGUCACCGUGGAUGAAUCUCUGGACUGGGACACUCAGGUUGAGAUAUACAGAGCCUAUGCAGCAUUCCCUGAUUUCUUCAGGAACUCUACAGCCGAAUGGUGGCACACAGAAAUCGCAGACUUCUACGAAAGGUUGAAGUUUGACGGCCUUUGGAUCGACAUGAAUGAACCAGCCAGCUUCAUCCACGGAACAGUUGGAGAGAAGUGCCUGGGCCCGGACAUCUAUGACAACCCGCCAUACAUGCCACCGCUGGAGUCUAAAGAGCGAGGCCUGAACCACAAGACCCUCUGCAUGAACAGUGAACAGAUCCUGUCUGACGGAACUCCAGUCAAACACUACGACGUCCACAACCUGUACGGGUGGUCCCACACAAAGCCCACCUACGAUGCCCUGUUGAAUGUAACCGGUAAGAGAGGAAUCGUGGUGACCCGCUCUACCUACCCCACCAGCGGGCAGUGGGCUGGACACUGGCUGGGAGACAACAAUGCCAGCUGGGACCAGCUCUACAAGUCUGUCAUAGGCAUGCUGGAGUUCAGUCUGUUUGGCAUCCCUUAUACUGGAGCGGAUAUUUGUGGAUUCUUCAACGCGGCGGAAUACGAGAUGUGUCUGCGCUGGAUGCAGCUGGGAGCUUUUUACCCAUACUCCAGAAAUCACAACGGCAAGGGCAACGAUAGGCAGGACCCAGCGGCCUGGGGUCCAGCGUUCGCCAACGCGUCCAGAGACGUGCUGAAUAUCCGCUACACGCUCCUGCCCUACCUGUACACGCUGAUGUACGAGGCUCACACCGAGGGAAGCACUGUGAUCAGACCACUGCUGCAUGAGUUUGUGGAUGACAAAAAGACGUGGGAUAUCCACAGGCAGUUCCUCUGGGGUCCGGCCCUGCUCAUCUCCCCAGCACUGGAUGUGGGAGUGACUGAGGUUUCUGCUUAUCUCCCGAACACUCGCUGGUAUGAUUAUCACACGGCCAGGGCCGUGGACGUGAGAGGCCAGUUUGUUAACAUGCCGACUCCUCUGGAACACAUCAACCUGCACGUGAGGGGAGGAUACGUCCUGCCCUGGCAGAAGCCAGAGCUCAACACAAAGCUGAGCCGGACGAAUCCUAUGGGAUUGCUGGUCGCCCUUGGUGAUGAUGGAGUGGCGCAGGGAUCUCUGUUCUGGGACGAUGGCGAGAGCAUCGACACGGUUAAGAAUAGAGAGUUCCUCCUGGCCUCCUUCACUGUGUUCAAGAACACUCUGACCAGCUCUGUUCUGAACCGAGACGCAGCAGCUACUGAGCAUGCUCAGCUGGGCAAGAUCAAGGUUUGGGGUGUAGGAACUGUUCCCAUCAAUAAAGUCACCAUUAACUACAGUGGCACUACGACCGACUUGGACUUCAAUCACAAUCAGCUCACUGAGGAGCUGAUCAUUGAAGACAACAAGGGACCCUUCUAUCUGCACGAGCCCUUCGUCAUUACCUGGAGCACAGGAAUAUGAUACGACUCUUUAAAAAAUUAAACAAGCAUUUUAAGCCAGAAGCUGUAUAAUCAACAAACGAUCAAAUUUCUUUAUUGUGUGAAUUUUAUU